AUGGCCUGGGCCGGGCUGUGCGCCCUGCUGGCCGGGUGCUGCCUGGCGGCCGGCAGCGGCCCCGCCGAGGCGGCGGCGGAGGCGGCGGCCAAGGAGCUGGAAUGCAAACUGAAAAGCAUCACGGUGUCGGCUCUGCCUUUCCUCCGGGAGAACGACUUGAGCAUCAUGCACGGCCCCUCGGCCGCCGAACCCAAGCUGCUCUUCUCGGUGCGCAACGAUUUUCCCGGAGAGAUGGUGGUUGUGGACGACCUGGAGAACACGGAGCUGCCCUACUUCGUGCUGGAGAUUUCAGGCAACACAGAUGACAUCCCAUUGGUGCGCUGGCGGCAGCAGUGGCUGGAGAAUGGCACUCUGCUCUUCCACAUCCACCACCAGGAUGGGGCUCCCAACCUGCCUGGUUUCGAGCCCACUGAGGAACCCCAGACCGAGUCAGCCGAGGAGGAGCUGAGGAUCCUGCACAUCUCCGUCAUGGGAGGGAUGAUCGCGCUGCUGCUCUCCAUCCUCUGCUUGGUGAUGAUCCUCUACACCCGGCGGCGGUGGUGCAAGCGGCGCCGUGUGCCACAACCUCAGAAAAGUGCCAGUGCUGAAGCUGCCAAUGAGAUCCACUACAUCCCCUCGGUGCUGAUUGGGGGGCACGGGCGGGAGAGCCUGCGCAAUGCCCGUGUGCAGGGCCACAACUCCAGCGGCACCCUCAGCAUCCGCGAGACCCCGAUCCUGGAUGGCUACGAGUACGACAUCACCGACUUGCGGCACCACCUCCAGCGGGAAUGUAUGAAUGGCGGUGAGGACUUUGCCAGCCAGGUCACCCGCACCCUCGACUCGCUGCAGGGCUGCAAUGAGAAGUCAAGCAUGGACCUCACUCCAGGGAGUGAUAAUGCAAAGCUGUCCCUGAUGAACAAAUACAAGGACAACAUCAUCGCCACCAGCCCUGUGGACUCCAACCACCAGCAGGCCACCCUGCUGUCCCACACCUCUAGCAGCCAACGCAAGCGCAUCAACAACAAGGCGCGAGCUGGCUCAGCCUUUCUGAACCCCGAAGGGGACUCGGGGACAGAGGCAGACACUGAUCCCCAGCUGACCUUCUACACAGACCCCUCUCGGAGCCGGAGGCGCAGCCGAGUGGGGUCCCCCCGCAGCCCCGUGAACAAGACCACUCUAACCCUCAUCAGUGUGACAAGCUGUAUCAUCAGCCUGGUGUGUUCCUCCCAUAUGAGCUGCCCCCUUGUUGUCAAGAUCACCCUCCAUGUCCCUGAGCACCUCAUUGCUGAUGGGAGCCGCUUUAUCUUGCUGGAGGGCAGCCAGCUGGACGCCAGCGACUGGCUGAACCCGGCGCAGGUCGUCCUCUUCUCCCAGCAAAACUCCAGUGGCCCCUGGGCCCUGGACCUCUGUGCCCGCCGCCUCCUUGACCCCUGCGAGCAUCAGUGUGACCCUGAGACUGGUGAGUGUCUCUGCUAUGAGGGCUACAUGAAAGACCCUGUCCAUAAGCAUCUCUGCAUCCGGAAUGAGUGGGGGACCAACCAGGGGCCCUGGCCGUACACCAUAUUUCAGCGCGGCUUCGACUUGGUGCUGGGUGAGCAGCCAUCAGAUAAGAUUUUUCGGUUCACCUACACACUGGGGGAAGGCAUGUGGCUGCCACUGAGCAAGAGCUUUGUCAUUCCUCCGGCUGAGUUGGCCAUCAACCCCUCAGCUAAGUGCAAGACCGACAUGACAGUGAUGGAGGACGCCGUGGAGGUCAGGGAAGAGCUGAUGACCUCCUCCUCCUUCGACAGCCUGGAGGUUCUUCUUGACUCCUUUGGCCCUGUCCGUGACUGCUCCAGGGACAAUGGGGGCUGCAGCAAGAACUUCCGCUGCAUUGCAGAUCGCAAGUUGGACUCAACGGGCUGCGUGUGCCCGACGGGCCUGAGCCCAAUGAAGGAUGGCACGGGUUGCUAUGACCGCCAUGUUGGUGUUGAUUGCUCUGAUGGCUUCAAUGGGGGCUGUGAGCAGCUGUGCCUGCAGCAGAUGGUGCCUCUGCCCGACGACCCUCUGCUCUACAACAUCCUCAUGUUCUGUGGGUGCAUUGAGGACUACAAGCUGGGUACAGAUGGGCGAUCAUGCCAGCUCAUCUCAGAGUCGUGCCCCGAUGGUGUGGACUGUGGUGAGCCCCGUGAGCUGCCCAUGAACCAGACGCUCUUUGGGGAGGUCUUCUAUGGCUACAACAACCACUCCAAGGAGGUGGCCCCAGGGCAGGUGCUCAAAGGGACAUUUAGACAGAACAACUUUGCCAGGGGCCUGGAGCAGCAGUUGCCAGAUGGACUGGUGGUGGCCACCGUGCCCCUGGAAAACCAGUGCCAAGAGGAGCUCUCAGACCCCACACCUGACCCCGAAUUCCUCACUGGGAUGGUGAACUUCAGUGAGGUGUCAGGAUACCCUCUGCUACAGCACUGGAAGGUGCAGUCUGUGAUGUACCACGUCCGGCUCAACCAGCUGACCAUCUCCCAGUCCUUCAGCAAUGCACUGCACUCUCUGGAUGGGGCCACCUCUCGCAGGGACUUUGUGGCACUGCUGGACCAGUUUGGCAACCACUACAUCCAAGAGGCCGUGUAUGGCUUUGAGGAGUCUUGCUCCAUCUGGUACCCCAACAGGCAGGUCCAGCGGCAGCUCUGGUUGGAGUAUGAGGACAUCAGUAAAGGCAAUUCUCCAUCAGAUGAGUCAGAGGAGCGUGAGCGGGACCCCAAAGUGCUCACCUUUCCCGAGUACAUUGCCAGCCUCUCUGAGUCAGGCACCAAGCGCAUGGCAGCAGGCGUGCGAAUGGAGUGCCAGAGCCGCGGGCGCUGCCCCUCAUCCUGUCCCCUCUGCCACGUCACCUCCAGCCCUGAUGCACCAGCAGAGCCCAUUCUGCUUGAGGUCACCAAAGCAGCCCCCAUCUACGAGCUGGUCACCAACAACCAGACGCAGCGGCUCUUGCAGGAAGCCACCAUGAGCUCACUGUGGUGCUCAGGCAGCGGGGAUGUCAUCGAGGACUGGUGUCGCUGCGACUCAAGUGCCUUUGGGGCUGAUGGACUGCCCACUUGUGCACCUCUCCCACACCCCAUCCUGCGGCUCUCCACUGUGCAUGAACCCAGCAGCACGCUGGUAGUGCUGGAGUGGGGGCACUCGGAGCCCCCCAUCGGGGUGCAGAUCGUCGACUACCUCCUCCGCCAGGAGAAAGUGACCGACAGGAUGGACCACUCCAAGGUGGAGACUGAGACGGUGCUGAGCUUUGUGGAUGACAUCAUCUCUGGUGCCAAGUCCCCCUGUGCCAUGCCAGCCCAGGUGCCUGACAGGCUCUCCUCCACCAUCUCCCUCAUCAUCCGCUGCCUGGAGCCCGACACCAUCUACAUGUUCACCCUCUGGGGAGUCGAUAACACGGGGAGACGCUCCAGGUCCAGUGAUGUGACGGUCAAGACGCCCUGCCCUGUGGUGGAUGAUGUCAAAGCUCAAGAAAUUGCAGACAAGAUCUACAACCUCUUCAAUGGCUAUACCAGUGGCAAGGAGCAGCAAACAGCCUACAACACCCUGCUGGACCUUGGCUCCCCCAGCCUGCACCGUGUUCUUUACCACUACAACCAGCACUACGAGAGCUUUGGGGAGUUCACCUGGCGCUGUGAGGACGAGCUGGGACCCAGGUAG